ACAUGAGGGUUCAUGUUCUAAAAAAACAUUCAGUUUUGUUUUGUUUUGGUUUGAUUUUUUGUGUUCGUGAUUGAUUUAUAGAGAAGAGAAGCAAUGUCUGGAGAGAAACAAGCGGAGGAAGCCAUUGUUCCAAGCUUCAACGACACCAUGGAUCAUGAAGAAAAAGAUGAAGAAGAAGGAGAUCAUUCCAUUUUCAGUGUCAAGAGUUUUCUUUGGCAUGGCGGUUCUGUUUAUGAUGCCUGGUUCAGCUGUGCUUCUAAUCAGGUGGCUCAAGUUCUAUUAACAUUACCAUAUUCUUUCUCUCAAAUGGGAAUGCUCUCUGGGAUCAUUCUGCAGAUAUUUUAUGGUGUUCUUGGAAGCUGGACAGCUUAUCUGAUUAGUGUUUUAUACAUUGAGUACAGAAGCAGAAAGGAAAAAGAAAAUGUCAGCUUCAAGAAUCAUGUUAUCCAGUGGUUUGAAGUGCUGGAUGGUCUAUUGGGACCUUACUGGAAAGCUAUUGGAUUGGCCUUUAACUGCACUUUCCUCCUCUUUGGAUCUGUGAUUCAACUAAUAGCUUGUGCAAGCAACAUAUAUUACAUAAACGACAAGCUGGACAAGAGGACAUGGACUUACAUCUUUGGAGCUUGUUGUGCCACAACAGUGUUCAUCCCUUCAUUCCACAACUACAGAAUCUGGUCCUUUUUGGGGCUUGGGAUGACCACUUAUACUGCAUGGUAUUUGACCAUUGCCGCUCUUGUUCUUGGCCAGGUGGAAGGUGUAACUCACCAAGGUCCAACUAAGUUGGUUUUGUACUUCACUGGCGCCACAAAUAUCCUCUACACUUUCGGCGGACAUGCUGUCACAGUUGAAAUUAUGCAUGCUAUGUGGAAGCCUCAAAAGUUCAAGUAUAUAUAUCUAUUGGCCACCCUCUAUGUGUUCACCUUGACCCUCCCAUCCGCUGCCGCCGUUUACUGGGCUUUCGGUGAUCAACUUCUUGACCAUUCCAAUGCGUUUUCACUCUUCCCACGGUCUGGCUGGCGCGAUGCAGCAGUUAUCUUAAUGCUAAUCCACCAGUUCAUCACCUUUGGGUUUGCCUGCACGCCGCUGUACUUUGUGUGGGAGAAAGUAGUGGGGAUGCAUGACACAGAGAGCAUUUGUUUUAGGGCUUUAUCCCGGUUACCUGUGGUGAUACCUAUAUGGUUCUUGGCUAUCAUAUUUCCUUUCUUUGGUCCCAUUAACUCGGCUGUAGGAUCUCUCCUGGUUAGCUUUACUGUUUACAUCAUCCCUGCCAUGGCUCAUAUGCUCACUUAUAAAUCGGCCUCUGCACGAAAGAAUGCAGCCGAGAAGCCUCCUUUCUUCCUCCCGAGCUGGACAGCAAUCUAUGCAGUGAAUGCAGCUAUCGUGAUAUGGGUGUUCGUAGUAGGAUUCGGAUUGGGAGGUUGGGCUAGCAUGACGAAUUUUAUCAAACAAGUCGACACAUUCGGACUCUUUGCCAAGUGCUACCAGUGUCCGACUUCAACAUCAAAACAUCACUGAUUCAAGAACUUCGAUUUGAACUCGAAACCCCCUUUUUUGUUUGUUGGUUUGU